CCUCAGGCGCGCGGGUGACGCCGGGCAGGGGGGCCGGGGAGGCGGCGGGGCCAUGGAAUCCGCGGGGAAGGGCAGCUACGUCCUCGCCAACCUCGCCGAGGUGGUGGAGCGUGUCCUCGGCUUCCUGCCCACCAAGGCGCUGCUGCGCGCCGCCUGCGUGUGCCGGCUGUGGAGGGAGUGUGCCCGGCGGACGCUGCGGACGCGGCAGCGAAUCGCGUGGGUGUCGGCGCUGGAGCCGGGCCCCGCCGAGAACCACGCGCUGGUGCGCGCGCUGACCCGCGAGCUCGAGAAGGUGCAUGUGCUGCCCCAGACCGUGCUCUACAUUGCUGAUGCAGAGACCUUCAGCGGGCACGAGGAGUGUCAUGAGCAAAAGAAAGCCAGAAAAAGAAACAGUAAAGAAACGGCUCUCGCACUUGAAAAGUUGUUGCCAAAGCGAUGUCAGGUUCUUGGACUGGUCACCCCAGGGAUUGUAGUUACCCCGAUGGGUUCAAGCAGCAAUCAGCCUCAAGAAAUUGAAGAGGGCGAAGCUGGGUUUGCUCUGUUGUUUCCCAAAAUUGAUGGGGUGAAAAUUCAUACCUUCCAUUUUUCUAAAGACGUGAAGAACAGGAUCUUUGAUGAAAGCAAAUUUGCUGAAGCAGGUCUGAAGAAUAACCCAGAUCUCCGUGUUGUUCUUCUGUUUGGCUACAACUCCUGGAAGACUGGAGCUACUCGAUUUCUUCAUCAAAUAGUGAAUCCAUUGAAUGAGAAAAGUAUCAUCCUGGCUGGAGGACAAGUGGAGAGCUUUACAUCACUGACCUCUGAGAACAAGCACGCCCAGCCUGGUGACGCCUGCGGUGUGGUUGGGUUGGCUUUCAGCGGGCCCCAGAUCCAGAGUGCCACUGUCCUGCUAGACCAGGAUGUGGCUGAUGAGAGGACAGCAGAAGCAGCCAUGCAGCGUCUCAAAGCAGCGAACAUCCCCGAGCACAACACCAUUGGCUUCAUGUUUGCCUGUGUUGGCAGAGGAUAUCGGCACUACAAAACCAAAAGGAAUAUGGAAGCAGAUGCAUUUAGGAAGUUUUUUCCAAAUGUGCCCCUCUUUGGCUUUUUCGGACACGGGGAAAUAGGAUGUGAUCGAAUAGUUACUGGGAAUUUCGUGUUAAGAGAAUGUAAUGACAUAAAGGAUGACCUGCUUCAUGGUUAUACUACUGUUAUGACUCUGAUUCACCUUGGUUCAACUAAAGCAAACCAAGCAUAAGUAAGGUUUAAUGCUUCAGUGAGCUGUUUGUUUCAUUCCAGAGAGCUGAGAAGUCUGGAAGAGUGGACAUCUUGCAGUCAAAGCCCCUUCCAAAUCAUAAACAUAAUUUUUGUAAUGUUAUUGAGUCUUGUAGUUGCAAUAGAGUUUACUGUAAUGUCUGUGACAAAGCCUUGCAUUUUUUGUAAUCCUCUGUACACAUCAGAAUUGCAGGAAAUUAUAUUUGAUGGAAUUCUG